AUGGACACCGUAUUUCUCCUAGGCGAUGAAGAUCGUGCCGCUUUUCUCCAGCAAAUGAUGCAGUCUUUUGGCUGUCUUCACAUUUGCCUUUGGUCUUAUUUGCCCCACCCAUCCAACUGCUUGCUAGCUAUGGAUGGACUGUACAGAGGUUCGAGCAGCCCUCAGCAGCCAAGCUCGUCGUCUGCAAGUCUUGCUAGACGGCUUUUUGAUGCGUACAGAGAGUCGGUUAACUAUGUCGAAACCGAAAACAUGCGAAUACCGGGUUUUGCUUUUAAGAAUAACCUUCCUUAUAUGGAGCUGAAGUUGCAUGACCUUCAGAGGAUGGCCUCUCAUGAUGUCCAGCUUCAAUUCUACCACACGGUCGUCUUCAUGGGUUGCGCCGCAGGCGAGAUCGAGCUCGGAAUGUCUAAUGAUCCUCCUCAAGUGGACUUGGGUAAAGAGAUGAAGAACUUAUUCCCAGCCGACUUCUCACGACAGGCGGCCAUAUCAGCCGGUGAAAUGCCGACCCACAUGCCUUCUUCUGCCUCGUCCUCGACAUCACUCAGAUCUUUAUCGGCCGAUAGCUCCGAAUAUUACUCCCCUCUAUUACUCAACAUAAUCCAUCAUAAUCAAGAGCCUCUAACUACACCACUGAUAAUCCAUCGUAAUCCGGGCACAGCCUUCACGAGGUAUAGCGAUAACCCGGCCCAUCCCGGAAGCUACAUUAUCGGUAAACAAAACAUGUUUAAAAGGGCCAUUUCGUUCUUCAGAAACCUUAACAUGAGAAAGAGGCACGAGCUACAAGCCGCCGCUCAAGGCCGGCCCACGACAGCACAGAUGCACCACAUGAUAUCCGAAAGGAGAAGGCGCGAAAAGCUCAACGAGAGCUUUCAAGUCCUCAGGUCAUUACUCCCUUCAGGAACUAAGAAGGACAAGGCUUCUGUGUUAAGCAGCACGACCGAGUACUUGAGCACACUCAAGUCUCGAGUGGACGAGCUCAGUAGAAGAAAUCAAAUGCUCGAGUCGCGGAUUUUAUCCGUGCAAAGAUUGUCAAAAGGCAGUGGUGGUGGUGGUGAGGAUGAUGAAACCGGACCCAAAAUUUGUUCGGUUGAUGAUCAGAGAGUAAACGUGGAGAUCACACACGUGUCACCAUCUACUUCGGAAGCAAGAUUCUUGGACUUGAGAGUGAGAGCGAGAGCGAGAUCAUCGGGCGAGAUUAUGAGCGAUGGCUUGUCGGAUUUAGUUAUUGUGCUGCUCGAGUUCUUGAAGCAGCAAAGGAAUGUGAGUCUAACCUCGUUGGAGUCGAAUACAAGAAUGUCGGGACCAGCUGCGGUACAUGAAAUGAUGUUGAGAUUGAAAAUUGAGGGAGAUGAAUUUGAGGAGUGGGGUUUCCAGGAAGCAGUGAGAAGAGUUGUUGAGUACACUUAA